CAACAUCUGGGUGUCAGUGUCAUUCAAUUUUGUUUUUUGAAGUUUCGCAAAAGCAGGCAGGCAGUAUUUCAAAAAAAUAAAUAAACAAGAUGAAUGAUACAUAAAAGCUUCGUAAAUAUAUUUCAUGUUCGCUAUCCAGUGAAAAAACAACAAAUAUGAUCCACGACGCGCUAUUAAUACUUUGGGACUGUUCCCAUAUUCCGGCAGGACAAGAGAACGAAGUAGUGCCAUACGCUAAUCAUGGCGAUUCAGAAAUAUUUGCUAGGAUUAAUGAUGUUGCUAAGAAUCACCACAAAAUCCAAUCUUUCAUUGAAGCUACGGGGUUUCGUUCCAGAAAGAGUAAUGCAGGUGUGAAGGUGUGUGGUUUGUACUCACAAGCUUUGAGUGAGGGUUUCUCUGAAGUACUACAGUCUUACAAACAAAACCUUAUGGAGGUGGAGAGCCUAGUUAUAGGCAACCAUAACUACACACUGUCAUUUGUAUACAGUUAUGUGGAAAAGUUUAGAGGGCUCUUCAACACUUUGAACAAAAUUAUUACUACAAUUGAACAUCGGAGACUGAUUGGAUGUCAGAUAUUGAGUUUAUUGCAUCAGUAUAUAUUGAACGGCAAUGAAAGGGUGCAUGAAGCUAUUGUAAGGAUAUUCUCAUGUGUCAACAAAGUGUUUAUAAACCAGUUGUGCACAUGGCUCCUAUAUGGUGAACUGAAGGAUCCAUACCAAGAGUUCUUUAUACUGCACAAUCAGUCUCAGAACAGUUCCGACACAUUCCUGUCUUCACCCUCCACAACUAAUACUUGUGAUAAAUCACUGGUUUCCGCUCUACAAGACACAACUCUAGAAUGUGGUUACACACUAAAUCCAAGCAUGAUACCAUACUUUGUGCCACUCUCGCUUGCACAAGAGAUAUUGUUUAUAGGCAAAACAAUCAUCCUAUUUGGUUUUGACCCCAAGAAGGUCAAGAAAAAUAGUUCCUUCACUGCCAGCAGGACUUUAUUGCCUCUACAAAAGUGUGGAGUUGAAUCUAGAAGGUUCACGAUUUGGGAGGAAAAAGAAGCUGAGUUCCAUGAGAAGUUACAAAAACUGAAAAAUCCUGAAGUUUUUGAGGUGUGCAACCUCAGAGGAGUUAUCAGGGAAAUUAAAGAAUGUGUUACUAAGCAUCUCUGGACAGUAGCAGUUGAAGAGGCACAGUUGAUCCACGAGUUGAGAUUGAUGAAAGACUUCUACUUGCUUGGUCGAGGUGAACUCUUCUUAGAGCUAUUAAGGCUUACUGCUCACAUGCUCGAUAAGCCUACUGCCAGGACAUCUACAAGAGAUAUGAAUCACGCCUUCCAGUUAGCCGCAAGAGCAGUAUUUCUAAGUAACAGUGCUGACAUAGAAAAGUUCAGCUUCGAGUUGCCUUAUGUGAAGCCAAAUAUAUCGAAUAACACCACUUUUGAAGAUGAUAGUACUACUGUAGCGGAUGGUUGGUCCAGCAUAAUCCUGAAAUAUGACUUCAAAUGGCCACUACAUCUGUUGUUCACGCCUGAAGUACUAGCGAGAUAUAACGAUAUGUUCCGACUGUUGCUGAGGAUUAAGAAGACGCAGCACGACCUACAUGCGCUGUGGAAGACUUAUAAACAGUCUACUAGUUUCUCAAUGUGCCAAUUACACAACAAACUAAUGUUCCUGAUGGACAACCUACAACAUUACAUGCAAGCCGACGUGCUCGAGACCAACUUCUCCCGUCUCAUGGACGCUGUGCAGAAGACCAAUGACUUUGAGAAGCUAAAGAAGUCACACGCCAACUUCUUAGCUGAUAUACUGAGCCAGUCGUUCUUGACUGUUACUUCGUCUGGCGAUAGCGACUGUUCAGGCGACACGUCGGACGCGCUAAACAACCCGGUGUUCUGCAAUAUAAUGGAACUGCUCAAGCUUUGCCACUCCUUCUGCGGGAUGAACGACAGUGUCGCCGAUAAAGAAGCUGAAGAUUACUAUAUCAAGGGCUAUUCUGAUCGGUUCAGCAAGUUAGUGAAGCAACUGAUGCAGCUGCUCGUAUCAUUACGUGAUCGUCCCUGUGGGGUGUACCUCGCGCGGUUGCUUAUGAGACUCGACUACAAUCGCUGGUUAAGCGGCGAAGCGCAGUUAACACAAUCCGUCACUAACAUGCUACGAUAUUGAUCCUGAGAUCAAAACAUGGAAAUUAAUAUCCAGACUAAUAUAUUAAAGAAAAAACAUUUAAGGCUCCGGAACUACUGGACCGAUUCGAAAAUCCUUUCACUGUUGGGGAAGCUAGACUAUCCCUGAGUAACCAUGCCAGUAGACUGAAACCAUGGGAAAACAGCUAAUCAUUUAAAUUCCUAAAGCAUUCAAGCGAUGAUGGGAUGUUCAGGAAACCACAAAUAUAUAGGAUGAUUGAUACAUGUCACACUUAUUUAUUUCAGUACAUAUUCUCUUUACUUACAACUUUUUUUUAGAUUUAAUCCAAUAAUCAGAAUAUCAUAUCGUAAUUCUCAAUUACAUUGACUAAUAUAAUUGUCAUAAUAACUUUUAUACUGUUUAAAUAUGAAAAAUAAAAUAAAA